AAGGGAACGCCAAUGCUCUCAGGCCAUGAACUAAUGAGAAGCUUCAUGCUUGUUCUCAGUCUUUCUUCAUACCCAGGGCGAAACUGGCCCACAGACUUCCAGACAUGCUCUCUUCAUCUAGGUAGGGAUGGGGAUCCAAGCCCCCUGUGUAUUUCUUCCAGACCCACCUGUAAAACAUGGGUGAAAUCUACCUGCCCUUUAGCUCACCACUUCCAGGUCAAGCCCACUCAUGGACCACUUUAACAGUGACGGUUGGCUUGACCGGGGAAACUGAGCAAAAGGGAGCUUUCUUUAGAUUAUCUGAUAAUCUGCAUUGCCAUUGCUGCUCCUUUUUCAGCAGCACGGAGAGUUGGAUUAUGGAGGGUUGCAUGCGGAUUAUGCAGCUACAUCCAGGAUGCCGAGUGUCUUCUGAUCAUGAUCAAGAGCAGAGUGAAGAGACACAGGCAGAGGAGAGGAGCACAGAAAGGUAGAAGUGGGAGACUGGUGGAUAGGCACCACCAAGUGACUACCAUCACUUCUCACAGAUUAGAUUAUUGACAACCCAAGUAUGGAUUUGAUUUCUCCAAGGUGAAAAGCUACUCAAUUUUCUAGCCAGACCACAGAUUUGCUUUAAGCCAGGACCCGUUUUCCAGCAGUUAGUGCAAUUAGGGAGGUUGGGAGGAUGUAGACAAGAGCAGGGAGAAAAUCUGGAGCCAGACAGUGGGAGAGACAGAGGGGAAAUGAACAACCCCGUGGGAGGCUGUGGCAAAGGGAGGCAGUGGGGCUUCUCUGACAGGGAAGUCGCCAGAGGGAGAGGUUUUUCUGUCUGUGCAGUAAGGGAAGUCAGAUGAGAGUACAAGAGGGCGUGGAGAGGGGUACUGAUAUCUGAAUUCUGAGGGCAGGUGUCCUGCCAAGGAAUCCUGGCUUUAAUAGAGCUUCAAUGCUGCUCCUGUUCCUCCUCUUCGAGGGACUCUGCUGUCCCGGGGAAAAUACAGCAGCUCCCCAGGCUCUACAAUCCUACCGUCCAGCAGCAGAGGACCCCCUGUCCUUCCGCAUGCUCCAAAUUUCCUCUUUUGCCAACCACAGCUGGGCACACAGUGAGGGCUCAGGAUGGCUGGGUGACCUGCAGACUCAUGGCUGGGACACUGUCACGGGCACCAUCCGCUUUCUGAAGCCCUGGUCCCAUGGAAACUUCAGCAAGCAGGAGCUGAAAAACUUACAGUCACUGUUCCAGUUAUACUUCAAUGGUUUUGUCCGGAUAGUGCAAGCUUCUGCUGGUCAAUUUCAGCUUGAAUACCCCUUCGAGAUCCAGAUAUUAGCUGGCUGUAGAAUGAAUGCCCCACAAAUCUUCUUAAAUAUGGCAUAUCAAGGAUCAGAUUUCCUGAGUUUCCAAGGAAUUUCCUGGGAGCCAUCUCCAGGAGCAGGGAUCCGGGCCCAGAACGUCUGUAAAGUGCUCAAUCGCUACCUGGAUAUUAAGGAAAUACUGCAAAGCCUUCUUGGUCACACCUGUCCUCGAUUUCUUGCGGGGCUCAUGGAAGCAGGGGAGUCAGAACUGAAACGAAAAGUGAAGCCAGAAGCCUGGCUGUCCCGUGGCCCCAGUCCUGGCCCUGGCCGUCUGCAGCUUGUGUGCCAUGUCUCAGGAUUCUACCCAAAGCCCGUGUGGGUGAUGUGGAUGCGGGGUGAACAGGAGCAGCGGGGCACUCAGCGAGGGGACAUCCUGCCUAAUGCUGACGAGACAUGGUAUCUCCGAGCAACCCUGGAUGUGGCGGCUGGCGAGGCAGCUGGCCUGUCCUGUCGGGUGAAACACAGCAGUAUAGAGGGCCAUGAUCUAAUCAUCCAUUGGGGUGGAUAUUCCAUCUUUCUCAUCCUGAUCUGUUUAACUGUGAUAGUUAACCUGGUCAUAUUGGUUGUAGUUGACUCACGGUUAAAAAAACAGAGCCCUGUGUUUCCCAUGGGAGCCAACACCCAGGACACCAGUAAUUCAAGACAUCACUUCUGCUUGGCACAAGUAUCGUGGAUCAAAAACAGAUUCUUGAAGUGGAAGACACGCCUAAACCAACUCUCGUGACAUUUGCUUUACCUUCUACAUAAAGUCCUUGUCUGCAUCUUCUGAAACACCAUCCAGGUCCCAUAAGGGAAGCAUGCUUUAAUUUAAACAGUUUCUACUAGCAAAGAUACUGAUCCCUUUAGGCAUACUUUUUUCCUCAUCUUCCAGAGAUUUUUUUUUUUUUCCUGCUUUGGCUACAUACCCACCAUUGUUGAUUUUUCAAACUAUAAUCCAUAUACUUCUUUUUCAUGGAUUCCCAUGAUCACCCAAUUAAGAGCUCUUCUGUACUCCCCAAAUUGAACUGAUCUUCACAAGCACAUUCAUUUCUUCCUACUCUGAACAGUGGUUAAUUAGGUUUUUGCUUCUUCUUUUUUUUUUUUUUUAAUCUCAGUUGCUUGAAAGUAGGAUGUAGGUAUUUGUGUCUGUGUUCACGACCAAAAAUCUUAUCUGAAUUCAGGACCAGUUUCAUAAGCAUGUGAUCUGUGCAGACACAUGGAAUCAUAUGCUCUGCAGGAACCCAUGCUAGAUUUAAUGCUCUGCUAUUGUCAUCUUGGAAUCCUUAGUCAUUUUCAAACAAGAGAUAUUGUAUUUUCAUUUUUCACUGACACCACAAAUUAUAUAGCUGAUUCAGUUUGAAUGUAAUAUUCCUCAAUAAAUGCAGACGGAAUAAAUUUGUUGUCAGCUCAA